GUUAUGGAUAUAUAGAUAUAUGCAAGGUGUAAAAGGAAGAAGUGAGUUUAUAAAGUCUACUUGAGAUUUCGCUAACGUGUGAUGAUGAUACGCAGGUGUUCCUCGCAUUUUUAAUAGCUGAAACGAUUUUUCGUUCUACAACGUGUGCCUUUUUAUUUACAAUUCAUAUAUCAAGGCAUCGAUAUGUCAACACUUAGUGCAGAAGCGAGAGACAAGACUGACGAGAAACAGCAUGCAAGUGAGAUGAUAAAAUUUUAUGCCGCAGAAGAAUCUGAAACAUUAAAGAAAUCAGAAACGAAUGAAAGUACAGAUAUAAAGAGUCCUCAGAGCAAGAAGCGCAGAUUAUCAUCUGAUCAUGAAGAGUCCUCAAAAAAAGCAAAAUUCAGUGAGAUGAUAAAAUUUUAUGCUGCAGAAGAAUCUGAAACGUUAAAGAAAUCGGAAACAAAUGAAAGUACAGAUAUAAAGAGUCCUCAGAGCAAGAAGUGCAGAUUAUCAUCUGAUCAUGAAGAGUCCCCAAAAAAAGCAAAAUAUGCUAUUAAUAAGGAUGUUACAUCUCCUGGUUCAAGUAUUUCUUCAGAUUUGACGACAUCUGGAAAUAAUGAAGAAGAGGACAAUACAUCUGAUGCAAGCAGAAGCAUUGACAAUACAGCUUUGGUGGCAGAGCACUAUAAUGCACUGGAGGAAAAGGGUCUCUCAUAUCGAAAUCAAAGCCGAAUUGUGUAUAUGAGAAAUUUUAAUAAUUGGAUCAAGAGCAUGCUUAUAAGUGACUAUGCGAAUAAAGUGAGGAAAGGUUUUAGUACCUCACUAAAAGUAAUGGAUAUGUGCUGUGGAAAAGGUGGAGAUCUUUUCAAGUGGAAAAAGAUCCAUAUCUCACAUCUGAUUUGUACAGACAUAGCACAAGUGUCAUUAGAGCAGUGUCAACAACGGUAUACUGAUAUGAUGAACAAGAAGGGUUUCAAGGAGAGAAGUUUCACCGCAGAAUUUAUACCAGCUGAUUGUACAAAGGUACGUUUGAGGGAGAAGUUCAAGGAUCCCAGCAUACAAUUGGAUUUCGUCAGCUGUCAAUUUGCAUUCCAUUACAGUUUCGAAUCCCUACCGCAGGCAGAAUGCAUGCUCCGGAAUGCCGCCGAGUGUUUAAAGACAGGUGGCUACUUUAUUGGCACCAUCCCAGAUGCAUAUGAUUUAGUUUCUAGGUGGCAAAAGUGCGAUGGCAACAAAUUCGGCAACAACAUAUACAGUGUCGAUUUUCAAUGUGACAAAACAAAUCCGCCACUUUUUGGCGCUAAAUACGAUUUUCAUCUGGAAGGUGUAGUUGAUUGCCCAGAAUUCUUAGUGUAUCUACCCAUUCUGUGUAAAUUAGCUCUGAAAUACGGUCUCGAAUUAGUGGAAUUUGAAAGGUUUGAUAAGUAUUACGAACGUUUCAAGGAGGAAGGUAGGUCCUUGUUGGUGAAUAUGGAAGCGCUGGAGACUUAUUUGCCAGAUAAUAAAAGUCGACUACUCGGCGAUCGUGAACAAGAUUAUCAGCACGCAGUGCAGUAUAUACAGAAUUCGUCUACAGAUCAACAUAAGAUUGGCACUCUUUCACAAUCGGAAUGGGAAGUUACUUCAUUGUAUGCGGUCUUUGCCUUUCAAAAGAUGAAAACAAUCUGGGAUAAAGAAGGAAAACCAGAAUAUAUAAAGUUAGAAGAUAGUAAGAAAGCAAAGGAAAGCCAGAGUAUGUAAAGCUAUAAAAGAAAGAAAAAUAGGAAAACUGCGAAUAUAUAAAAACGAUUUUAUAGACAUUAGGGAAUAGAUAUUAACGAAUUUUAUAUUAAGUAUAUCAUAUAAAUAAUUUUAUUGCUAUGUGCUACGAGUAGCUUACUAAAGGACGAUGUCAUCUUUGUGAUACUCAUAAUUAUAAUUUUGUAGAAACUGACAGUUGUGUGUAAAAAUGGUGUUAGUAGCGCUAAAAGCUUAAUUAUUGUGAAGUACAUUUAUUUAUUCACAGUCAGUAAAAUCAAUUUUUUUUUAAACGCAAAUUUAUUUGCUAUUAAUGUAAUUUAUAUCUGUUAUUUACGUUUGUUGAUAUUAAUGGUAUUUAUUUAAUACUUGAUAUAAUUUUUACGUGUCACACAAGUGUUAGUUACGGAAAAAUGUAGAUAAUUGUAUUGAGUAUCAAGGCAUGUCCUGUGUAACAUCUUCGUACGAGUCUAUCAAGAUCAUAUAAUCAAUGACGCACUCACGCAUGCGCAUCUGGAUAAAUUUAUCUCUUCGUCUUGCAACACAUGUGAAGUUGAAUCAAUCGAAAUACAUAAUCAACAUUAUUUUGCAACACAACGAGGGAUAUCUCAAGUAAAAUUUAUUCUCAAAAUCAGUAAAACGUACGAAGUAAUUUCUA